AUGAUAUUGCAGGUCUCAACUCACUGUUUCAACACUUUGUUCCUUUUCAGUUCUAUCCACAAGAACUACAAGAUGCUUAUAAUAAAAGUUUUAGAUUCUUAUCAUAUACUUCAAGAAGCCAUGGCUCUAGCUAAUACCGCUCACAGCUCCACUAAUAUUAUGAAUAAACUCAAAAACAUAAAUUAUAUUGGCAGUGAGCCUGCAUUCAUUUUCAUUUCCAUGAUUCGUGAAUUAAUCAAUCUAAUUCGUCCUGAGGAAUAUUUUCACUUAGAACUAAUUAUUAUUAAUUACAUACUAAACUCCUUAAACGGUGAUUAUGCUUCCAUUAGAGAUCACUUCUCACAGCCACCCCAAUAUACUAUCGAAGAUAUCUUCGCAUCCAUCCGCAGCAAGUAUGAAUACAUGAAAAUGAACAAGAGUAUCAACACCACCUCCACUUCUCAAACUGAUACUUGUCACACCUGUUCCAGACCACUACAUAAGAGAAUCAUUUGCCAAUUAGGUAACAAAUCCGGGCAUAGUGCAAAAAACUGUUACCAUCAUAAUUUUCAAACAAUAAUGUGUCACCUGUCAAAAACUAACUUUUAA